AUGCGAUUAUUUAUAUUCUGUCUGCUCGUGGCAGCAGCCGCUGGCUUCACGCUCUUUGGGCCUCACAUACGCAUUGUUCCCGGCUACAAUCCCAAUGAGAUCGUGCUCCACUUCCGCAACCCCUGCAACAACAAGACCACCUACACCACCAUCAAGCCGCCCGCCACCACGCCCUGCAAGUAUCAUCCCACUACUCCGAACUGUGAGCACACCAACCCCACCACACCACCCUGCGGACACCAGACGACAACACCACAUAACUGCGAAUACCCGACAACUCCCACGACUCCCAAGCCCACCUACAAGACAACCAUAACAACCUUGAAGACUACUCCAGGCAUAAGCACACCGACAACUCCAAUUACCACACCAGGGGUGACAACGCCUAAGCCAACUACUCCAGGAGUAACGACCCCCAACCCAACAACUCCAGGUGUGACUACUCUAAAGCCAACUACUCCGGAAUGUGACUACUCCAAAGCCAACUACUCCGGUAGUAACGACCCCCAAGCCAACAACUCCAAGCGUGACUACUCCAAGCCAACUACUCCAAGCGAGUUGAGUACUCCAAAGGCCAAACUACUCCAGGAAGUAAACACCCCCAAGCCAACAAUUCCAGGUGUGACUACUCCAAAGCCAACAACUCCAGGAGUAACGACCCCCCAAAACCGCAACCAGAUCGUCCAGGAGUUGACUACUCCUAAAUCCAACUACUCCGAGAGUUUACGACCCCCGCCACAAUUCAGGUGUGACUACCUCCUAAAAGCAAAACUACACCAAGGAGUAACGACCCCAAAGCCAACAACUCCAGGUGUGACUACUCCUAAGCCAUCUACUCCGGGAGUAACGACCCCCAAGCCAAUCAACGCCAGGUGUGACUACUCCAAAGCUAACUACUCCGGGAGUAACGACCCCCAAGCCAACAACACCAGGUGUGACUACUCUAAAGCCAACUACUCCGGUAGUAACGACCGCCAAGCCAACAACUCCAGGUGUGACUACUCCAAAGCCAACUACUCCAGGAGUAACGAGCCCCAAGCCAACAACUCCAGGUGUGACUACUCCAAGGCCAACUACUCCGGGAGUAACGACCCACAAGCCAACAACUCCAGGUAUGACUACUCCAAAGCCAACAACUCCAGGAGUAACGACCCCCAAGCCAACAACUCCAGGCGUGACUACUCCAAAGCCAACUACUCCGGGAGUAACGACCCCCAACCCAACAACUCCAGGAGUGACUACUCCAAAGCCAACUACUCCGGGAGUAACGACCCCCAAACCAACAACACCAGCCAACAACCUCCAAGCGUGACUACUCCAACCAACAACUCCAGUGUGAAACUACGUCCUAAGCCAACUACUCCAGCGAGUAACACACCCAGCCAACAAGCUCCCAAAGUUCACGACACCGUGAAUGGACAAGCACCACCCCAAAUCACCACUCCAAAAUGGACCAAGCCAACUACUCCAAAAUUCACCACCCCGAAGUGGACAAAGCCAACUACACCCAAGUUCACUACCCCGAAAUGGACAAAGCCAACUACUCCUAAGUUCACCACCCCGAAAUGGACAAAGCCCACCACUCCCAAAUUCACCACUCCAAAAUGGACCAAGCCAACUACUCCAAAAUUCACCACUCCGAAGUGGACAAAGCCAACUACGCCCAAGUUCACUACCCCAAAAUGGACAAAGCCAACUACUCCUAAGUUCACCACUCCGAAAUGGACAAAGCCUACGACUCCGGGAGUAACGACUCCCAAGCCAACAACUCCAGGUGUGACUACUCCAAAGCCAACUACCCCGGGAGUAUCGACGCCCAAGCCAACAACUCCAGGUGUAACUACCCCUAAGCCAACAACUCCGGGAGUAACGACCCCCAAGCCAACAACUCCAGGUGUGACUACCCCAAAGCCUACUACUCCAGGAGUUACGACCCCCAAGCCAACAACUCCAGGUGUGACUACUCCAAAGCCAACAACCCAGUUUGACUAUCCUAAGCCAAACUACUCCAGAGUUUAA